AUGGGAGCUGUUGGAAAAACAAAGGAUAAUUUGAGAUCUCGACGCGACCUUGAGGCUAUGGGAAUUAAAAAGCAGUACCUUGUGAAGGAGAGGGAAGAUGGUACUAAAUACUUUGAGCCUGCUGAUUUUGAGAUGAAAAAUGAUGGGAAAGAUAAGUUCCUCUUAGCCUUAUCUCAGUUAAGAAUGCCGGAUGGUUCUGCUUCUAAUAUUGCAAGGCGGGUAUGUUUGAAGGGUCGUACGAUUGGAGGUCUUAAAAGCCAUGAUAAUCGUACCCUUCUACAACAAUUAAUUCCCUUAUGUAUACGAAGUUCCUUACCGAAGAAUGUGGUUGAAGGGUUGAAUGAUCUCGGCAAGUUUUUCAAAGUGUUGUGCUCCAAACUAAAUUGUGUAGCAGAUUUGGAGGAGGCACGUUCUCGCAUUAUUGUGACCCUCUAUGAUCUGGAGAAGAUAUUUCCACCAUCAUUUUUUGAUGUAAUGGAGCACUUUCCUAUACAUCUAGCUGAAGAAGCAUUAAUUGCUGGUGCCGUGGAAUUUCAGUGGAUGUACCCCAUUGAAAGGUACUUGCUCAUAUUGAAGCAAUAUGUACGACAAAGGGCACAUCCUAAAGCAUCAAUAGCUAAUGGGUAUUUGAUGGAAGAAUGCAUGAACUUCUGCUCCCAAUACCUUAAAGAUAUGAGUUGUAAGUCAAACAGACUGUUAAGAAGGAAGAAUGACGAGGAUAACUCCAAGAAAGGGAAGACUUUUUUGCUCUCAGAUGUUACUCGUACACAAAUUCAUAGAUGGGUCUUGUUUCAUACCGAUGCAGUCACACCAUAUCUCAAGGAGCCAAUGUCUACCAUUAAAAAUCAAUAUCCUAAUGCCAAUGAUGUUGAUGUUGCACGUAUUCAUUUUGAUGAGUUUGCAGACUGGUUUAAGACACAUAAUGACCAGGUUAGGGAUGAACCAUUCAUCUUAGAAUCUCAAGCACAUCAGGUGUGGUAUAUCGCAGAUCCUUUAGGAGAAGGUUGGCUAAAUGUCAACGAAGUAGAGUCUAAGGACUUCUCUCAUGUGCAAUUUGACACGAGUGUUGAAAUGGAGUCAGUGGUGACUACGUUCGGGAAGAAAAGGAAGGUUGGCAGACCACGCCACAUGUCUGAAUUCUUGAGUCCUAGCGGUUCUGCAUCAAGCCACAAUGGUUCCUCAUCAUCACAGUUAUCCUACACGUCUCUUCGUCCACCUUUGAUACCGCCAACCCCAUUGCCUUCUCCUCCCCAACGUACUCCUCCCUCUACAUUACCUCUUCCAGCCCUAGAUGCUCAGCCACAACCUACUAGCAAUACUGUCAGUAGAGGUCAUAAUAAAUGCAUUCUAGAGUGGAAUACUGGAGAGAAGGUCAACAUUAUAUUUGAUUCUAAAUUCCAACCUGUUAGAGAAAGAGCUACACAAUUGAAGUCACAAUUGGGCAAAAUUGUGCGUGAUGGCAGGAGGAUUCCAUUGACAAUUAUGGACUGGAAAUAUGUUGAUGAUAAAGUCAAAGAGGGAAUUUGGAAUGAGGUUAAGGUUGAAUUUUCAGAAGUGGAGGAACCAGAUGAAAUUCUGCAUGUCCAUGAACUAGUAUAUGGAUCUUUGCUUCUUUUGAGCUUUCAUGAUAACAUGUUGAACUUGCAUAAUAAGUGA